AUGCACGACUUUCGUCAACGAAAAAAUGGUCGCAGAUACGAAAUGACAAUCACACCUACAGUUUUCUACAUCGCAGAAUUUCGUUAUAGUGGUAAAAGUUCGGUUGAUCGCGAUCUCGAUGAUCGAAUGCCAGAAGUGAGGCUUGAUGACAACACCGUAGAGCACAAGCAGAAGUUGGAACCGUUUUACAUUCAACGUAAAGGAAAACUCAGUAUUAUUCGUGCGAGUCCGGCUUCUCAGGGUGUAUAUUUUUGCUAUGAUACCCAAUCGCGGUCGAACACUGCGAUUUUCUAUGUGGUAAUGGCAAUGACGCCACCCGUUCGAAUGUCUGAUAUGGAAGGCGUUCUUACGGAUGGCUGCUACGAUACUAAGGACUACGGAUUUAUCCGUGCCAACUUCAAUUGGCGAUACCACUUUGUUCCAAAUAUUCGCCACGAAGCACCAAAGCAAUGUCACAGACGAAAGAAAGGCUUUUGUGAGAAAGAUUAUUUCACUCAAGUAGACCCAGAAAAGGACUGUACUCUUGAAUUUUGCCGAAAAGAGUUUAAAGAAAGUGAGAUAGAGUUGAAUUUGGCUCUGGAGCUUCGAUGGGAGCCAUGGGGUGAAUGCGUCGGAAGCAGACAGCUGCAGAAACGCGAAGCACAUUGCUAUCUAGUACGAAAAUCUGGUUACCAAAUUCCGGACCGAAACCUCGACAAAAAGCACGACUGGAUGACGAAACUCAACACACUAUUCAAUCACGAACCGUUUACGUCUAAAGGAAUACGACUGUACAGUUCACUGUUGGCUUCUCUGUUUGUGGAUGAGAAUGUUAUGACGAAAUGCUAUUAUGAGGAAAAGUAUGAAAAGACCGAUAGAAUAUGGCGAGUGAUUUUGCAUACAAUGACUGGACGAUACAAAAAUGGCAAAUUCAACGAUACGGUGGUCGAGUUGGAUAAGAACGGCAAUGUCAUCGGUCGUCCACCAACUUUUCGUCUCAGCAACCCGUUUCAGGCUUGCAUGGCGUGA